GGAAUUUUUGCUUACCUCAACUACCAUGUGCCCCGCACCAGGCGUGAGAUCCUAGAAAGACUUAUCAAGGGUCUCCAAAGAUUGGAAUACAGAGGAUAUGACUCUGCAGGUGUCGGUAUUGAUGGUGGCAACGAGAAAAACUGGGAGAACAACACCAAGAAAAUUCAGCUCAUCAAGAAAAAGGGGAAGGUCAAGGCUUUGGAUGAAGAAAUAAACAAGCAGGAAAGUCUGGACCUGGAUAUUGAAUUUGAGAUUCACCUGGGUAUUGCACACACCCGCUGGGCCACUCACGGAGAGCCCAGCCCCACCAACAGCCACCCACAGCGCUCUGACAAAAACAAUGAGUUUAUCGUGAUCCACAAUGGCAUCAUCACCAACUACAAAGAUCUGAAGAAGUUUCUGGAAAGCAAAGGCUAUGAGUUUGAGUCUGAGACUGACACCGAGACGAUUGCUAAAUUGGUUAAGUACAUGUACGAUAACCGGGAGAGUGACGACAUCAGCUUUGCCACCCUUGUUGAGCGGGUCAUCCAGCAGCUGGAAGGUGCAUUUGCUCUGGUUUUUAAAAGCAUUCAUUUCCCUGGCCAGGCUGUUGGAACCAGGAGAGGCAGCCCACUUCUAAUGGGUGUACGGAGUGAGCACAAGCUGUCCACAGAUCACAUCCCCAUAUUGUACCGUUCAGGUCUGGAGAAGAAAGGCAGCUGCACCUUGCCCAGAGUGGACAGCACCACUUGUCUGUUUCCCUGUAGAUGAGAAAGCUGUGGAAUACUACUUUGCAUCAGAUGCCAGUGCUGUCAUCGAACACACGAACAGAGUUAUUUACCUGGAAGAUGAUGACGUGGCUGCUGUCGUGGAAGGUCGUCUUUCUAUCCAUCGCAUCAAGAGAAGUGCUGGAGACCACCCAGCCCGUGCCAUUCAGACCUUACAGAUGGAGCUGCAGCAGAUCAUGAAGGGCAACUUCAGUUCUUUCAUGCAAAAAGAAAUCUUUGAGCAGCCAGAGUCUGUAGUCAACACAAUGAGAGGGCGAGUCAAUUUUGAUGACCUAAUCGUAAAUUUGGGAGGUCUGAAAGAUCACAUCAAAGAAAUACAAAGAUGUCGACGACUAAUCCUCAUUGCCUGUGGAACCAGCUACCAUGCUGGAGUUGCUACACGUCAGAUCCUUGAGGAGCUCACAGAGCUUCCAGUCAUGGUGGAAUUGGCUAGUGACUUCCUAGACAGGAACACUCCUGUAUUCAGAGACGAUGUGUGCUUCUUCAUCAGUCAAUCAGGAGAGACAGCGGAUACUCUUCUUGCCCUGCGUUACUGCAAAGAACGGGGAGCCCUGACAGUGGGGAUCACUAACACUGUUGGCAGCUCCAUCUCCAGGGAGACAGACUGUGGUGUCCACAUUAAUGCCGGGCCUGAGAUUGGUGUGGCUAGCACAAAGGCAUACACUAGCCAGUUUGUGGCUCUGGUCAUGUUUGCACUUAUGGUUUGUGAUGAUCGUAUAUCUAUGCAAGAGCGACGCAAGCAAAUUAUACAUGGUCUGAAAAUACUACCAGACUACAUUAAGGAAGUACUUAGCCUUGAUGACGAGAUUCAGAAGCUGGCAGCUGAACUGUACCAACAGAAAUCUGUGUUAAUCAUGGGUCGUGGAUAUCACUAUGCAACCUGCCUGGAAGGCGCCUUGAAAAUUAAAGAAAUUACUUAUAUGCAUUCGGAAGGAAUCUUGGCUGGGGAGCUGAAGCAUGGUCCGCUGGCCUUGGUAGACAAACUUAUGCCAGUCAUUAUGAUUAUAAUGAGGGACCAUGCCUACACCAAGUGUCAGAAUGCUCUGCAGCAAGUGGUAGCUAGACAGGGGCGUCCAGUUGUGAUCUGUGACAAGGAGGACAGCGAAACGAUUAACACCAUCAAACGUACAAUUAAGGUUCCUCACACAGUGGACUGUCUUCAAGGAAUACUGAGUGUGAUCCCCCUGCAGCUCCUUGCCUUCCAUCUUGCUGUUCUCAGAGGAUAUGAUGUGGAUUGUCCAAGAAACUUAGCCAAGUCUGUGACUGUGGAGUAG